AUGUCUGGAUUGGAAGUUGCAGGCCUUGUCCUGGCCGUGCUACCCAUUUUCCUCGCUGUGCUUGACGCGCCCAUAAUUUUGAGGACUCUGGCGGCCUUUCGAAAACGCGCCUACGUCGCUAAGCUCGCUCGCGCCCUCCUCCUCCAGAAGCAGACCAUUGCCGAGAACAUCAAGUCCAUCGCCAGCCUGAGCGGUUGUGACAAUGUCUGGCUUGUCGAUGACGACCCCUUCACGUAUCUUCUUUCCAAGCAGGUACAAGAACAGAUCCGAGACUAUUUGGGGGAGGAUAAUCAUGCUGCUCUGAGUGGGGUGAUGACCGACAGCCACGACACUCUGGAAAGGAUUGCCGGAAGCAUCGAAGGGCUGCUCCCCGGUGGCAAGGGCGCCUCUCGCAAUCUGCGCGACAUUAUCUCGACGAACCGAGAUGCAAAAGGGAAACCAGAUAUCCGGUCCCGAGUCAAGGUGUUGUUUAAAGGACAGGAUCUCAUCACCGCCGUCAACGACCUCGACAAUACGACAGCCCAAAUUGACCGUUUUACAAGAGUCCUUGUCUCUAAUCAACACAGCGCGACAAACACACCGUCUAGGAAAGCAAGAAAAUUGGCCAGGGCUUUGCGACGGAUCCGUGAUCUCGCCGGGGAUAUACCCAUUGCUCUCGGUCGCGGUUUCACGUUGGGAUGCCACGUACAGCAUGAAGUAAACCUGUUCUUGGAGGACCGAUUGUCCACGGCGGCGGGCAUCUUCGAUCAUGGUCGGAAGCGGAGCCAGUCCGACCCGCUGAUGGACUUCCGUCUUGUGAUUGCCAUGCAGCGUCCCGCCGGGCUGUUGUGGGCGUACGAGACGGCGGUGCACGUUUACAGGGAGGAGAACGAGGAAUCCAAAGACCCGCGGCAUCCCGAAUCCCCGAGACCCGGUCCACACGAGACCCCGGCCAUCCAAGUUACGUUCGAGGCAUCACUGACCCCGUCCCAGACCCCACCGGAUGUCCUCCCUAUCGAGAACAUCUGUGGUGCACUCGAGGCUCCAAGCAGGUUCGGGGUGCGUCAAGGCGCCUGCUUCGUCCUGACACGCCAGCAACGCAUCGGUGUAUCCUGUCGCGGCAACGCUGUAACCACCCUCUUCACCAAGGUCAGCGGCAACAAAAUCGCGCUGAGCGCGCUCUUGUCUGCAAGUCACAAAACCCCGCUCAAAUUCCGCAUGCAGCUUGCCCUCCGGUUGGCAUCCAACCUCCUUCAGCUGUUCCAAACCCAGUGGUUACAGAGGCCCUGGUCCAAACACGAGGUCUACUUCCCCAUCCGCCCGCCCCUACAAGCGGCAGCAACCCAGGGGCUCACCUCGCCCGCCCACGAAGCCCCCGAGUUCAACCGACCCUUCAUCUCUCUCACCUUCGAAAAUAACGGCCGCCUAGUCCCCCCUCAUCCGGGCGUCAUCGACGCCAAAGCCGCCCUCCUCGAGCUGGGCAUCCUCCUCCUCGAACUUUGGCACCAGUCCCCCUUUGAAGCCCGCCCGGGCGCCACUGGAGGAGGGGGGUACUACCAGCGCCUUGCGGCGGCGCUGGAGUGGCUGGAUGACACGGCCGUCGUGGAUCCCAUGCCGGAGCUGUACGACCGAGCGGCGUCGCUGUGUAUUCGGGGCGUGAUUGGGGGGCAGGCGAAGCUGGCGGAUUGGGAGGAUAUGGGGUUUUGGGCGGGCGUGUGUGUGGAUGUGAUUGAGCCGUUGGAGAAGGGGUGUCGGGUGUGGCAGAGGGUAUCAGGAGGCGAAGUUGGGUAA